AUGAAUUACAUCAAAAGCGGAGAUAAUAUUUUAAUAAUAUGGUGUAACAACGAACCAAGUGAAUUAAGCAAUUUAGUAAAUGAAAUUCAAAGUGUUGCUAAUAUAUCCGUAGUUCUGGAAAACUCUAGUAGGAUUGCAGAAGAUUCUAGGCCCUUGUCGUCUUUUGAUGUUAUAUUAUCAAAUUGGUUACCUCCACACGCAGUACAACAUAGUGAUCAAUUAUUAGCAUUAAUAAUUAAACUCUUAAAACCAAAUGGAAAACUUGUUUUAAAGGAUACAAGAGACUUAAACACUUCUCUUAAACUUAAUGGAUUUAUAAAUGUGACUAAAAUUGACAAGGAACACAAAGCAGAAAAGCCCAAUUUUGAGGUGGGUUCUAAAGCUUCACUAAAACUUAACAGUAAGCCAACAGUUUGGAAAAUAGAUGACACGGUUGAAGAGGCAUGGACAGGAAAGAAUGAUGAUGAAAUAAUUGACUCAGAUAUGCUUCUUGAUGAAGAUGACCUUAAGAAACCUGACCAGCAGUCUUUGAGAGUAUGUGCAACAACGGGUAAGAGAAAAGCCUGUGCUGAUUGUUCAUGUGGCCUGGCUGAGGAGCUGAGGGGUGAAACUAAAGAAACACCUAAAUCAUCUUGUGGAAGUAUUAUGGCUGAAUCUCAAAAUAGUGAUAUGUGUAGUGUGUUCGAGGAGAAUGUGGAGACUAACAUAGAAAAUUUAACGGAAUUGGAAGCGGGUAGCUGUAGUAAUCGAGCGGAUAAAAGAAGUCGUGACAUAGAUACAGAAGAGGUAUGGGCGGAGGUUGGGAGACGAGGAAAAGUUAUGGCGCGGAGUAACAAUAAUAAUGAUACUACCCCCAUCCCAGAAGAACAAAUUGAAAUAAGCAUGUGCGUCAACUGCAAGGGCAAUCAUAUGGCACUGGCGAAGGUUUGCCCGGUUUAUAAGAAGGAAAGGAGAAUCCGAGAACUGAUGGCCGAAUUUAACUGCACAUAUAAAAUGGCUUUUACUCUAUAUGUCCCUCCUUCUCCUCAAUUCGAGACGGAUAAUGUGAGUGCACCCAAUGAAGGCUUAUGUAACCUCAUUCCAAUGACGACAGGUGAUGGACCGUCAUAUGCUGAGGUGGUAGGAAAUGCAUCGAGUUUGCCUAAAGAACAAAGUAAUAACAAGAGUAGUAAGACAAGCGAUAGAAUUGCUAAGAAGUCCAAGAAAAAGUGUGAUAAGCGAAAAGAUGUUUCAGUGGAAGAUGAGAGUAGAAUACAGUCAGAUUUUGAAGAAGAAGAAGUACAGGGGAACGAAAACAAGGAAGAAUGUGAGAAAACUGAUGUUCAAGGUUUACUUUUGAGAAUCCAGGAGAUAAUUUUCAUGAAAAACAUUAACUUUGGGAAGAAAGAAAAAAUUCAUAUUGCUAUUUUGAGCGAGACAUGGCUUGAUCCAAACAAGAGCAUAAGGAUAAGUGGCUAUCAUAUUGUUCGUCAGGAUCGCGGCGAUGGAUACGGUGGGGUGGCCAUUGUUAUUCAUAACUCAAUAAUGUUUCAGGCACGUCAGAUACAGUGUGCAAAUCCAGGGAUUCAACUCGUUGAAAUUAAACUAUUGAACUGUUCUAAUUUAGAGUUCAUUAUUUCUGUAUACUGCCCAUCAUCUGUGCAUACAGUAGCUAAUGAUUGGGACUCAGUGUUUAGUUUACAUAAUAAUAAAACUAUUAUUGCUGGGGAUUUUAAUGGUCACCACUCUAACUGGUCGUACAAAACAGAUGUAAGAGGAACGCAGCUGUUUGAUACGAUUGUUGACAAAGAUUAUGUUAACCUGAAUGAUGGCUCUACAACUCGGCUUAAGUUAGUCAAUGGAAGUGACCACCUUAUUAUUAAAUUUACAACCGCUAAUUGCUGUGCGACUGACGCUGAUAAUAAAAAAAGGAACUUCAAAAAAGCAAAGUGGGAGGAAUAUAGGCGCACCCUACAUGCAAUAUUCUCUGUUUUGGUCUUGGCAAGUGAUCCUCAGGAAGCUUAUAACCAAUUUAUUAAUGCAGUUAAUUCGGCGGCAGAUAGAUAUAUCCCCACGGUAAGAAUGUGUACAGAUCCUUUACGUCUACAGAAAUUUGUACCGAAACCGUACUGGAAUUCAGACAUAUCAAGGGCAGUUGCAGAAAGAAGACUUGCGUUGGUUACUUUUAGAAAGAACCCUACGCCAAAUAAUUUGGAUUUACUUCAAAUAAAAGUCGCUUUUGCACAGAGGAUUAUACGCAGAGCCAAACGUAAAGCUUGGAGACAGUUUUGCAACACUAUUAAUGAAACCAUUUCAACCGUUGAGAUGCUGCGCCGAAUGAGAUGGAUUAAGGGAUAUCGAUUACCAAAGACAUACAUCGAUGAGGAUACAGCCAAUAGAUUACUACGCAGCCUGACGCCUGAUUAUACUUCUUCAAGAAAACCAAAAUUUACUUCUGUUAAUACAACCUUGGAGAGUUCCAUUACAAUUCAGGAGUUUAAUCGUGCUAUUAAAGCCAAAGAUACGGCCCCAGGUGACGAUUCUGUAUCCUUUUCUAUGUUGAAACACCUCCCGGUGAAUGGAAAGCAUAUAUUAGUCAAGAUUUAUAACAUGUUUCUUGUAUCGGGAUUUGUACCAUUUCAAUGGAGAAAAGCUAAAAUUGUUCCCAUACCAAAAGCAAGCUCCUCUACACAAUCUAUUCCUGAAUGCUACUUAGGAGAUGCCUUCCGAUGUGCUACGUGUCCAUACCUCGGAAUGCCCGCUUUUAAGCCAGGCGAGAAAGUAGUUUUGGAUCUCAAUUCCGAUAUA